UGUGUGUGUGCGUGUGUGUGUGUGUGUGUACAGGGAAGAGCGAAAGAGAGCGAGAGAGGAUGACAGCAGAUGUGCUUGUUGCCGCGGCGGCAGAGCACGACAGCCCGACAACGAAAAAGAAGACCCGUCCGCCUUUUCUUCAUCACUCCGCCUCCUCUUUCCAUCCGGAAACUUCUUCUUCUCCUCCUUCCUCAUCGUCCUCCUCCUCCUCCUCGUCUUCCUCCUCUUCCUGGUGGAAGGGCGUUAGAAGCAGCAGAGAACGACCAAACAUGGACGCCGACCCGCCGCCGCUCGGCCAAUGAGAGCAGGGAGCACAGCAACAGGAAGUUAGGACCAGCGAGGACGAGGGCGGCGGCGGCGACGUGGAGCCGCAGAUGAAGCCGAGAAACACUUAGAGGAGGAGGAGGAGGAGGAGGAGGAGGAGGAGAUUGUGUCGAGCUUGCAAACUUCACCAGCAUCAUCACAAUUUAAUAAGACUGCGGCGUCGCAACACGCCCACGCAAACGCACACUUUUAUUUGGAUCCGAACGGCAGGUCGAUUGUUGUUCUUCGUCACCCCCCCCCCACCCCCCGAGUGUCAUCAAUUUUUUUUUUGAAUGACGUGACGCCCAGCGGCGACUGCCCCCCCCCUCCCCCCUGUCCCUAUGCCCCUCCCCCUCAUCAAUAUGAUAAGCCCCCGCCUUAGCAGGAAGUCAGGGCCGGGUCAGUGACGCGCCCCGCAGCCCCCAAAGUCCGAUUGGGUUUGAUGCAAGAUGGCGGCCGGCGUGGCAACAUGGCUGCCAUUCGCGCGGGCGGCGGCCGUGGGCUGGCUGCCGCUGGCCAAGAAGACCAUGCCCAAACCUCCUGUGGACAACUCAUCCAGAUCAGACGAAAUCCUCUAUGUCAAUGUCAGCGGGGUCCGCUUUCAGACAUGGAAGAAUACACUGGACCGCUAUCCCGACACGCUGCUAGGCUCUUCGGAAAAAGAGUUCUUCUACAACGACGAUACUCAGGAGUACUUCUUCGACAGGGACCCCGAAAUGUUCCGCCACAUCCUCAAUUUCUACCGCACCGGGAAGCUACAUUACCCACGACACGAAUGCAUCCAAGCCUUCGACGAGGAGUUGGCCUUCUACGGAAUCGUGCCCGAAAUCAUCGGUGACUGUUGCAUGGAGGAAUAUCGAGACCGGAAAAAGGAGAACCAGGAGCGUCUGGCCGAGGACACGGAAGCCAACGAAGCCAUGGACGCCCCCCUGCCCCCGCACAGUAGCCCCAGAGAGCGUCUGUGGCGAGCUUUCGAAAACCCGCACACGUCCACCAUGGCGCUGGUCUUCUACUACGUGACGGGCUUCUUCAUCGCCGUGUCGGUCAUCGCCAACGUGGUGGAGACGGUCCCCUGCCGGCCCCCCAAGGGCAGCGUCAAGGACCUCCCGUGCGGCGAGAAGUACCAACUGGCCUUCUUCUGCAUGGAUACGGCGUGCGUGCUGAUCUUCACCUUCGAGUACCUGAUGCGUCUGUUCGCCGCUCCCAGCCGCUGCAAGUUCAUGCGCUCGGUCAUGUCGGUCAUCGACGUGGUGGCCAUCAUGCCCUACUACAUCGGCCUGGUCAUGCCCGAGAACGAGGACGUGAGCGGGGCCUUUGUCACGCUCAGGGUCUUCCGCGUCUUCCGGAUCUUCAAGUUCUCGCGUCACUCGCAAGGUCUGAGGAUUCUGGGCUACACGCUCAAGAGCUGCGCCUCGGAGCUGGGCUUCCUGCUUUUUUCUCUCACCAUGGCCAUCAUCAUCUUCGCCACCGUCAUGUUCUACGCUGAGAAGGGGACCAAGGGCUCCACCUUCACCUCCAUCCCGGCCUCUUUCUGGUACACCAUCGUCACCAUGACGACACUGGGUUACGGCGACAUGGUCCCCAACACCAUCGCCGGGAAGAUUUUCGGCUCCAUCUGCUCGCUGAGCGGCGUGCUGGUCAUCGCCCUCCCCGUGCCCGUCAUCGUGUCCAACUUCAGUCGGAUCUACCACCAGAACCAGCGCGCGGACAAGAUGCGAGCGCAGCAGAAAGUGCGUUUGGCUCGAAUCCGCAUGGCAAAGAAAGGAACCACGAAUGCCUUCCUGCAGUACAAAGAAGACCGAGCCCUCGGGGACCGGGACAGUGACAGCGGCGCUUUGUGCGUAAGGAACAAGUCGGCAUUCGAACAUCAACAUCACCACCUUCUUCACUGUUUGGAGAAGACCACGAACCACGAGUUCACGGACGAGCUGAACUACAGUGAGCUGUGCAUCACCGAGUCGGCGGGCUUCCGCACCAGCCGCAGCACCUCCACGUCCAGCCAGCAGGGGGCGCCAAACCACUCGACGGGCUGCUGCCCCCGCCGCGUCCGAAGGCGAGCGGCCAUGCGGCUGGCCAACUCCACCGUGUCCGUCAGCCGCGGCAGCGUGCAGGAGCUCGACACGCUGCAAGGAAAGGCCCCCCCGCCCGGACCGCCGCAGACUCGUUCCAGCCUAAACGCUCAGAUCAACCUGAAGCUGAACUGCGGCGAGCAAGACUUCAGCGCCGCCAUCAUUAGCAUCCCCACGCCGCCUGCCAACACGCCCGACGAGAGCCUGCCGCCCUCGCCCGCCGCCAUCCCGGGCGGCAUCUUGCGCAAUACGCGCGCCACCGCCUACACCCCCGACGCCGUCAACAUUUCCUCCUUGUAACCUCUGCCAGGGCGGGCCCGACCCGUGCGCCCCCGCAUCCUCUUGCCCGAUGCCCGCGUGGCUGCUCACGGUCAGCAGCUGGCCAAGGAUGGCGGCUCGCAGACAUAAAAAAAAAAAAAAAAAACACGCACCGCGUUUUAACGGCUUUAUCCUCUGCUGAUGAUGAUGAAGUGGACAUCCGAAUAUGCAAAGUGGACUCGUCAAUAAUCAACAAUAGGACGCAAUGUUUGCGAGCGGCGCCUUUGACAUCAACGCAACGAGACGGCGAAUGAAGCCAAAAUCCCGAGGUCAGCUUUCUUCCAUCGUUAUGACAAGGAGCUUCUUGACAAUGCUGACGCGAUGACGUCGAAGAAAAGGAAACCAAACAAAAGCGCCAGAAUGAAGAAACGUGUCACGUGUAGCAAUUUGGUUCGGCUAUUCGGUUCUUAGCGGCACAGCGGUCGCCCGGCCGGUACGUCUGGCGUCAUGGUUUUGGGAUUUGAAUGUUGGCUGCGGCCUUCCUAUGCAGUUUGCAUCACGUCGCUGCGCUCGCAUGCAUUCCCCCCCCCCCCCCCAUUUUCUGAAAACAUGUUCGCAUGAAGACAAAGGUGUGACUAUCAAAGGGAGCGCUUGUUUGUCUGUGUUCAGACACAGACUGGGGGACCAGUCCACCUGCCGCUUUUACAUGUCACCUGAUUCAAAUGAUCAGGCUUCUGCUAAGCUAGCUAAUGAUCUGAUCAUUUGAAUGAGCUGUGUUGGAGGUAGGGGGUGGGGGGUGGGGGGGCAUCUAAAACUGCUCUCGAGGACCGGUCUUGGCCAACCUGGGUCUACAAAGUAGGUGCCCUGAAAUCGACUGGCGGUCAAGGAAAAUCAAGACAAUGGACUGGUCGCCAGUCGACGUCAGGAAACGUUACAGGCAAACAAUGCACUGUUGGCCAGCCAAUCGCAGUCUUAUCAUUGAUAAUUUAUCAAAUUGAUUGACAUUGAUUGUCAAUUCAUAAUCAUUCAAUUUGAAGUCACUUUAUUUAUUUAUUUUUUAUUUUUGGGGGGUCGCGAUGGAAGAAAACUGAAGCUAAACCCGACUGCCUGCUAGCUUAAAUAUUAGCGCCGCUUGUGCACGUGGCCACUUUGACAUUCCUCAGUUUCCUUCUCGGGCCACUCGGAAGCGAUGCGUAUGUGAGCGUUUGACCAAGCACAAAUUGUAACAUAUUUUGUAUCAUAGACAUUUACCUGCACCACCUGUCAAUCAAUUCCGACCCCCCAAAAUUGAAAAAAAAAAAAAGGUAGGUCUCGACAUUGCAACCCGGUCUGUGCAUGAGCCUCGUAAGACUUCAAAUUUAGUCAGCGUAUUCCAAAAAAAAAAAGAAAAGAAUCAUAUAAUGAGGCAGAAAUGGUCCUUUCUUAUUUUGCAUGACGACUUUCUUAUGAUUUUUGUUUUCAACCACCGAGACGCGGCAUCAUUCAGGAAAGAUCCUGGCCCGGAAUGCUGAGAGACGUCACUACUAUGCAUGGAUACCGUUGUAGGUAUUUGAUCUCAACGCACUCUUUGUUCACUGGACUUCUUCCGACAGGCACGCCAAUAAAAGGUGAACCGUG